CUAGUCUCUCUCUCUCUCUCUCUCUCUCUCUCUCUCUCUGUCAAUGGCUUCCGUACGAUUUACAGUCCUUGCCCUAAUGGCGCUCAUACUGAUAACCUCCGCCGCCGCUCAGUCUCCGAAGAAACAUUCGCACGCCGCUUCUCCUUCGCCGGCCGCCGAUUCGCCUAGGGUUUCGCCGAAAUCCGCGCCGUCGCCGGCCACCGGUAAGCAUUCUCUCGCUGGUCCGCCUUCGUCUUCUCCGUCACCGGCCCUCCCUCCAUCCUCCAUCUCCUCCCCUCCCGCCGAUGCUCCGGCUGCUGCCGGAAACACUGCUGCUUCCAAUUCUUUCGCCGUCGCCGGUUCUCUCUUCGCCGCGGCUUUCCUCAUGUAGGUCCCCGCUCCGGCGUUCGGUUUCGCUUUUAUGUGCCAAAUUACUAUUCUGUCCUUCAUUUUAUUUAUUUAUUUUAAUUUUAUUAUUAUUUUUUUUUUGAAGUUGUAGUUUGGCGUUUGUAAAGGGAGCUUCCAGUUUCAUCCGAUCUUAGUAUUAUUUCCAUUUUUGUUCGAA